AUGCGCACUCCCGAUCUCCAAACAGGAAAAGCGUGGAAAAGCCAGCCAGCAAUGGAAUCUCAAUCUCGGAAAAGACCACGGCCUGUAGUAUCGUGUCUGCGAUGUCGAGAGAAGAAGCUGAAAUGCGACCGGGUGGCGCCCUGUCAGAAUUGUGUUCGUGGGGGGUUCGAGGCCCAAUGCACUUACCACCAACAACCCGAUUCCGUUGGUCCACAGCCAAAACCAAAGCGAGCAAAAUUAGCCGAAGCCAAUGCAACAGACCGGACGCUGUCAAUGGGCCCGAGUAUCGGCAUCAUUGAGGAUCUGCAGCAGCGGGUUCUGAAGUUGGAGUCUCUCCACGCGGUUAGACCUCGCGCUGAUAACUUCAGUCCCAUUAGAGAUGCAUCGGUUCAAGAUUCAUGGCCACGACCAGAGAUCUUUCAGUCGAGCUCAUCGUACUUAGGAACUUUGGUGGUCAAGGGAUCUCGAUCGAGAUAUCAUGGACAGAAUGACAGGAUCACUCUUUUGAAUCAGUUUGCAGAAGCCAAAACCUUCAUAAAUCAAUCCUUGAAUGACCCCAGUCUGGUUGGACUAGCCAAAGAGGUUCAAUUCCUACAGAACAAAUCCCAGACUCCAAAGGAUUCUCCAGAGUCACUCUCGGGUAUAGACAGCUUUCCUGAGCUCCAGAGUCUUCUGGGCUCAUUGCCUGCAAAACCUGUUUGUGACCAGCUCCUUGCUGUUUAUAUCAAGAAUCUGGAGAAGAACCUUAGAAUUCUGCAUAUUCCCUCUUUUCGGGCAUGCUACGGCUCCUUCUGGGCCAAUUCGGAUCAUGAUGCAUCUUUUCUGUCCAUGUUCCUUCCUCUUCUCUCUGUGGUGUUGUCCAUCUCGGUCAUCAUAGACACCACGCCCCCCUCGCCGGAGUAUUCCCCGUCAUGGGAGUAUCUAAAGCAACAUGCAGUCGGUGCAGUUCAGGCUUGGAUGCAAAAGCUUCCACGGAAGCCAAGAACUGAUAUUUCAACACUCCAGGUCAGGGCGCUUCUCUUACUGGCUCGCCAGCUAAGACUGGUCUCGGCCGACGAACUCUGGAAGGAAAGUGGCUCCCUCGUACGCUCUGCAAUGGUAAUGGGGCUCCAUAUCAACUUAUCACAAUCCAAGAGUCUGUCCCCCUUUCAGGCCGAGUGUCGACGUCGAUUAUGGAUUUCGAUUGUGGAAAUGGACCUACAGGCAUCUAUUAGUGCAGGGAUGCCUGUGAUGACACCGGCACUUGACUUCUCCCCUCUGACACCUUCCAACCUCAACGACGUCGACUUUGAUGAAUCAACCACUGAAAUCCCGCCAUCAAGGCCUAGGGAUGAGGAAACAGACUCUCUUGCACUAAUCACCUUGGCCCAAUCUCUUGCACAGCGUAUAAGGACCAUGAACUUGGUUCAGCAUACAAAUCCUCAGGAAAGCUUGGAAGAACGCUUCCAACAAGGCGAACAGAUCCAAGAGGCUUUACAGAGAAUUCCGACUCCGCUCAAAUUAUACAAUUCUGACACCAGUGACCUUGCUUUUGCUUUGAAUCGCGUCAUUUUAGAUGUUUAUAUCCGCCGUUCACUUCUUUCGCUUUACAGACCUGUCCUUGCCUGUCACACACAUGAUGAUUCCUCUUUCCUUGAAAUCCAACGUGCUUGUCUUGAUUCAUCCAUCGCAAUUCUUUCAUAUCAAGACAUUUUUGAUCCAAACAUUGUUGAUCUUGACAUCCACAAUAUCAACUCAUUUUGGAACAUGUUUCAAACCUUUUGUCAAAAUGAUAUCAUUCUGGCAGCUCUCAGUGUUUGUGAAUAUCUGAAGCUCCUCAGCCAACAAGCCUCUAUUCACUCUUCCUUCAGUGAUUCCACUUUCGAAAGAAACAAUCAACAAAAUCACGACAAUACCAUCCACGACAAUUCUACCAAUCACUCGCUGUCACACAACAAAGCAAGUUUGAUUCGUUUGGUUGAGAACACAAUCGAUAAUUUAACUCGCCGUAUCGGUGAAAAAGGAACCAACAUGAAGGACAUCCUUCUCUUAUCAGUCGUCCUCCAAUCUGUCCGCGCUCGUGGCCCCGCAGAACAAAAAGACCGCCGCAUGUCGCAAGGAGCAAAGAAAGCCCUAUCCGCGUGUCGGCAGAACCUUUUAUCUGCGGCCAGCGAGAAUAUCUUUCCUUAUUAUUGCAAUGGCCCAGACCCGCUAUCAGACUACGAGUCUACACAUGCAAUGUUGCCAUCCCACGUCUCGGCUCAGUCGCGUCAACCCUCCCCUUCCAUGCCUGAUCUCCUGCAACAAUCUGCCUCCCUCGCCGCGGAAUUUGAUACUUUUCAGAGCGAUCUUUUAGCCUUUGAUGAAGGAUCGUUCAUUUGGAAUAUUUGA